AUGUCUUACAGACGCUACUUCUCCUGGUUUCUUAUCUGCUGCUUGGUGGUGAAUGUGGCAGAAGGACAAGAAGGAGCAGUCACUCCCCAUGGAGGCUCACAAAACGACGUGGACCACACAAACUGCGAGAUCUUCACACUCACACCUCCUCCCACCACCCGGAAACCAGUGACAAGGGUCCAGCUCAUCCCGUGGACACCCAGAUAUUUCCCCAGAAGAUAUCUACGGAGAGGAAGUUCAUCUGAGGAAAGCUGA